AUUUGAUAUUUGACCCUAAAAGAGGAGGAAAUUUUUAGAUCGGAUUUAAUAAAAUUCUAUUCAUAUUUUACCUGAUAUAUAGAUAUAUAUCCUGUUUGGAAAGAAGAAACUCUUUCCAUAUUAGAAAAAAAAAUUAUUUUACCUCGUCACAACGCUCUCAUGAAACGCUUUCUUUUUCAUGAGAAAUCCUCACCUAAUCAAAUAUUUGAAUAAAAUAUUGGGGCAAUUUGAAAUUUCAUCAAACCAAUAAAUCAACAGAUGCCGCCUUACCCUCGAACCUCACGCCCCCCCGAGCUGCUUGGACCAUGAACUUCCACUGGAGCUCCUCCGCCUCUCUCCUCCCGUCUCCUCUCUCCUCCUGCUUCCGUCCCCAGAAACCACCGGCGUUUGUUCCGCAAAGACAAACCAAGAUGGCGACUAUGCCCGUCGCUGUCGUCUCUUCUCUUCCUCUAGGAGUCGACGACCUCGUGGACCUUGCCCGCAACAAAGUGUUGGUGGCGGCCGCGGUCGCUGGUACCAUUGGGCAACUCGCCAAGCCUCUCACCUCGGCGAUCGGGGGGAAGGGCAUCGACUUCAGGGCGGCAGUUCGGUCGGGAGGCAUGCCGUCUACUCAUUCCUCUGCCGUUACUGCUGUGGCUACUUUGCUUGGGCUGGAGAGGGGAUUCUCUGACUCCAUCUUUGGCAUGUCUGUUGUAUUUGCUGCUCUAGUUAUGUAUGAUGCUCAGGGUGUUAGGAGAGAGGUGGGCAUUCAUGCCAAGAUCCUUAAUAGGAUUCAAAAAUCCCAUACAGAGGAUGACUGCGGGAACAACAAACUUACAAGUUCCGCCAUAAACAGCAAGGAAAAAUUGCCCGUUCUCUCCAUUUCCGACAAGGAAGAUGCUUAUGGAUCCAGUUCAGAUUCUUACUCAUUCCAAAGACUUGCUACCACAUCCACUGAGUCGAAGAUUUCAAAAGUGGACACUAAAGAACCAAUUCAUACGAAACACUACAGUCGCAGCGAAAUGAAUGAAUCAGUUGGGCAUACAGAGAUUCAAGUUAUAGCUGGUGCCAUUUUAGGUUUAGUUGUGGGUUUAGCCACAGAACUUGUUUUGUAAGUAUAUUCCUCAAACAAGUGUAUUAUUUUGAGCUAAUUGUCCUGUUUGUGGGUGAUUAGUCGCCUUAUAGAUGUUUUACUUUGUUCAUUAAGAAGAAGAAUCAGAAUAAAAAUUGGAAUUGAAUGCAUUUAAA